UCCUUAGCUCCGGGAAGCGGUUCUUUGGUGCUUGGAGCUUGGCUUUUCGAGCGUUGUGUUUGAAGGGGAUGCCAAGGUGAUCAUUGAUAAAAUUAACCAGGCAGAUGUUAGAGACAACCAGACGGGGGCGGUUCUUGAAGAGAUUUUGCAGUAUUUUAGUCCCCCAUCCGCGUUUGCGGUUCGGUUUGUAGGUCGGCGUUGCAAUAGGGUAGCCCAUUUGGUGGCUCGAAAGGCCCUUUCUUUGUACCCGAGUACGAGUCGUUUUUUUGAUUUCCAGACCUGGCUGUUUUCCAGGAUGUAACUAUCUCUUGGCUUGAUUCAAUAUAUGAUUAUCUUUUGUCAAAAAAAAAAACAUGUCAUUCCUUAACCCACGGUUUUCUAGCUGUCCAUUAGGCAAGGUUCCCCUUUCGAUAGAAUUUACCUUAAAAAGAUUUUUUUAUUCUCUCAUCUAUGUUUUUUUUUUCUUAACUCACGUUUUUCUAGCUGUCGAUUGGACAUAUUUCAUUUUUUGCUAGGACUUACAUAAAAAAAAUUUCUUUUAUCACAUAUAUGGUUUUUCCCUCUGAACCCACAUUUUUCAGUUGUCGAUUAAGUAAGUUUACCUUUUUCGCUAGGACUCAUAUUAAAGGGUUUUUUCUCUCACCCUUUUUCUGUUAUAGAUUGGGCGAGUUUUCCUUUUCUCCAUUCACAAGGAGUUAUAUUAGUGGACAUGGGAGGGUGAUAUAGGACUUGUUAACACUUAUCUUAAAAAUAUUUUUUCCCUUUAACUCAUGUUUUUCUACGUGUUGAUGGACAAGUUUCCCCUUUUGUUAGAACUUACCUUAUAGAUGCUUUUGUUUAAGUGCUCUAGUGGGAUACGAGAGGUAUAUCAUAGGACUUGCUAGUAGAUACCCGUUGAACCUGUCCCGAAAGUGGUCAGCAAAAGCUUCUUUGAUUUCACCGGACUCAUAAAUCAUCCUCCCAUUCACCGUAUUGGAAUUAAUUUUGUUCCUUCUAUUGUUCGCCGCGACUGCCAUGCGAAAAUAGCCACAAUUUUUGUCACCCGCAGUAAGCCAUGACUCCCUAGAUUUUUUUAGGGCAUAAGAAUUCUUCCUCAAAUAGAACUCUCUCCAAUUCACAUUUAAGCAGGCUUCUCUCAACACUGCAGGAAGCAGGUAAAGCGCCUUGUUCUUCUAACAUAUCAAUAACCUUGAUUUUUUCCACCAAACUUGCAAUCUUGACCUCCACUCUCCCAAAUUCCUCCCUAUUCCAAGUUUGUAUCAGUGAUUUUGUGACCCGAAGAUGCUGCCCAAACAUGAACAACCCUCCAAUACCAACAACGGAAUGCUCCACCAUUCGUCCAUCCCACAAGACUAGAUUCGAAGGCCUCCUUUGUCAACCACAUGUUUUCAAACUUUCAUGGCCGCCGAAUACGAUUAGAGCAUCCCAUUUUAACAAGAUCGGAUUAAGAUCCGAUUCAACGUGAUCCACAACAAUAAUGGAAUCCGGCGAUAACUCUUCCUCAACCCUUGCAUUCACGAGGGCUCUACCAAUUCGGGACAACGAGCUAGAUCCAUUACUCUAGGUGAAUAUUGAACCGAACAAAGGUAACUCUAAUAGCUUGUAAGAGUUGAUAAAGCUAUUGAAUUCAAACAUCACCCAUGUUACAGUUAUUGUCCUAAAUGUUCUUCAUAAAAAAGUUAUUGUCCCAAAUGUUUGUCCAAAACAUAUAUAUGUUGUAUGCAAGUAUAUUUGUGAGUGAAUUGUGUUUUUUUUGGUCAUAUUAGGCAUAUUUAAUAUAGGUUAUGAACUUAUGAUUCACAUUAUAUUUUUUAUUGUGUCUACACAAUUUUAGAUGAAAAGUAUUUUGUAUGUUUAUGGAAAAAAAAAAUUACAUAUAUGUUGAAACAAAUUGUACUUCAUUGAGAUUCAUACAAGUUCUAUGUAUUUUGGUGUUAUUCGCUUUGGUUUAUCUGCUUGAAAUUGUAAUUAGUUGUAUAAUUUAUUAGUGUUGAGUUGAAUUUUUACCCAGCUCAUUCAUAAACAGUAAGGUUUUAUUUUUUGGUGAGUUUGAAUUUAGUAUUUUUCAAAACGAAAUUGUAUGAAUCGGAUGAUUAAAAAUAUUAAAUUGGAACCUGAUCCAACCUCCAGGUACAUCUCUAAUUAUUUACACCAAAACGCAUGAUAAUGCUCAAAAUGAAUGGAUAUGCGAUCUCAAUGUCUAUACUCUAUACAUCAACAUUUGACAUCUAGCUGCAUUCUGGUAUUGCUGAUCGCCAUGAUCAAGGUAACAAUCCACUUGUUUCUUGCAUUACACAAGUCUUUUUACCACUACAACGAGAAUUCCCCAUGUGAUGAUACUUUGAAGACGUUAACCUAAUCACACUGACAAUCUGUCUCCAUAGUUGCAGCCGAGUAAUUUCAAUCUUCAGAAGAAAGAAGUCCCCAACAAGAUUCCAGAAAUGAUAGGCUUCUUUGAUACCUCUACUUGCUCCACAUCACCCCAAAAUCCAAAACCCUAAACACACUCAACCCACUAAACAAGCGGUUAAUCACAUCAAAGCGUGCAAGGCCCUUCUUCUGUUCUUCAUCCAUUUGGUCUCUUCAGCCCAUUUGGCGUCCAGCCAAGCUGCCCAGAACUGGGGAAAAUGACACGAUCAUACAGACCCACGACGCCACGUGUACACUAGAUGAGGUUGCUUUAACGUGUGGCCAUCACAAUCUUUUUUUUUCCUUCCCUCUCCUUUCUCCCCACCACCUCGUUCCCCCAGAUUCCAGAGUUCUAGAUAUUUUUGAACUUUGUCCAGUUGUAAUCUUCUUUCUUCCUCAGAUAUUUGACUUGCUUUGGAAAAAGGAUAAGUAACCAACCAACCAUUGCCUAUAACACCCACCGGAGAAGAUUUUCCUGCCUUUUGCCGUACUAUAUGCUAUCUGGGGUUGGAUUGGGGUUUCUCUAAUGGCUGGCGUUGCAAUUGCUAAGCUCCAUGUCUACCCUGUCGAUCACUUGGCAGCUUGCUGCGGUGAACGGCAGAAGGGAAGUUCUGGGUCCCUUAGACCAGCAGUAGCAGGGCUUUUUCGUGUCCAGAAGGGAGGUUGUGGCGGAGGACAGCCGUUUUCGCAACACUGCAGGUCUUUCAGGUCUGAAGAUGGUGGCGGUGGAAGGGAAUUCGAUGAUGGGGAAAAGGAAGAAGGGAAAGUUGAGAUUUUGAAGGGGGGAAAGGCAGAGAAGUUGAAGAAGGGAGAUGGGUUGUGGGUUCCUGGGGUUGGUAGGUUGAAAUUGCCUUCAAAGGAUGAGUAUAGUAGAGGAAUUGCUCAAGUGGAGGAAGUCUUCUCUUCGGCUGCAAUCCACGUUGGGAGAUACAUUGUGACCAUGAUGAGCACUGGAGUGGUACUUGCUACUGGUUUUCAGUUGUCAGGUGGAGACGGUCAGAUGAAUGAUCUUAUCUGGUAUAGCUGGCUCGGAGGAAUCAUAAUUGGGACAAUGACAGGUGCUAACAUGGUGUUAGAUGAACAUUGUCGAGCAGGCCCUCGUAAUGUUGUCAUAACUGGAAGCACAAGGGGAUUGGGGAAGGCACUUGCUAGGGAAUUUCUUCUCUCUGGCGAUCGUGUGGUUGUUGCAUCACGAAGCCAGGAAUCCGUCGAUAUGACAGUGAAGGAGCUGGAGGAGAACCUCAAGGAAGGAAUUGUCUCAGCAGGAGGUUCAUCAAAGCGGAAUCUUUCCCAUGCAAGAGUAAUUGGCAUAGCCUGUGAUGUCUGUCAACCAUCUGAUGUGAAGAAACUAGCUAAUUUUGCAGUCAGUGAGUUUGGUUCCAUUAACAUAUGGAUAAACAAUGCCGGGACGAAUAAAGGUUUCAGACCCUUGCUGCAGUUCAGCGAUGAAGACGUAACUCAGAUUGUCUCGACGAAUUUGGUGGGAUCAAUUCUGUGCACCCGAGAAGCCAUGCGAGUGAUGGAAACCCAACCUAAGGGAGGCCACAUUUUCAACAUGGACGGUGCAGGUUCUGGGGGUUCAAGCACUCCUCUUACUGCCGUUUAUGGAGCCACGAAGUGUGGUCUGAGACAGCUUCAGACAUCACUUCUGAAGGAGAGUAAAAAGUCUAAAGUGGGAGUGCAUACAGCUUCCCCAGGCAUGGUCCUCACGGAAUUGCUCUUGAGUGGAUCAACACUGAAAAACAAGCAAAUGUUCAACAUAAUCUGCGAGCUCCCGGAGACCGUUGCUAGGACAUUGGUCCCACGGAUGAGGGUCGUGAAAGGCUCGGGGAAGGCCAUCAACUACUUGACACCUCCCAGAAUCUUACUUGCUCUAGUCACUGCUUGGCUGAGGCGUGGUCGGUGGUUCGAUGACCAGGGAAGAGCAUUGUACGCAGCAGAGGCAGACCGGUUACGAAACUGGGCAGAGAAUCGUGCUCGGUUUUCGUUCACCGAUGCCAUGGAGAUGUACACCGAGAACACAUGGGUAUCGGUUUUUUCGCUCUCUGUUGUCUGCGCGUUCAUCAUACUGUCUAGCACCAGCGGUGUAUCUCCUGGCACCUAAGUAAAAAAAAAAAGACGUGCCCCAAUAUUGGGCAAGUCUGAAAGAGGAUCUUAAGUAAAGCACCAAAGUUACAAAAGAUUUUAGGCCAUCCCUUUUUCUUAAAGUUUUUAGCCAUUAUGGAAAGGGUCUCUGCUGGUUUUAUGUUCAUACUGGCUGGAUGUCGCGUGGAGCUGGUGAUUGUCACCCAUCUUAUUGUUGUAUACACAGACAGUCCUGUAAAUGCGAAUUGCUGUAACAGGCCAAGAUGGUUCUAUUGACGUGUAAUGAAAUGUAAGAAAGUUG